AGAAUUAGAAAAUAGUUGAGGCCCAAGGCUCAAAAUGAAACCAGACACUUCUCGUGCACUCGACUCUUGAGCCAACAUCAUGCGAGCAAUGGCCACCACCUCCACCUGCCACGGCGGAGCGCUCGCGCCGCACCGCCCAUCUCCGCCGCUUCAUUAUACCCAUCCUCCUCAUCCGGUUCUCCGGCGACCUUACGGCUGCAGACACACUUGGAAACCGAUGCGUACAACAACAGAGGUCACUGGGAAACGCAUGCCAAGUGCUCGAGCAAAUGCCAAAGCGGCGAGACGUUGGAAUGAGGAGCCGCACGAAGCUUCUGAAUAUGGAGGACAGUAUUAUCUAGACGAGCAAGAUGUAGCGACUUUUCUCGAUCCUCCAAAGCCGCUCAUCCCGCUGGAUCCUUCUUCGUACAACCCAGCUUCUUAUCUCUGGAAAAAGAUCGAAAACAUUCCAGAGGAAAGGCGGCAUCACUUGCUGUCCCUGCUAAAUCCGAGACUUGUAUCAAGAGCUUGGGAGGUGGCAAGAAGACGAUAUGAUAAUCCUAAGUUAGUAAAGAAAAGGGCAUCUCGCAUGCUAUCUGAUGGAAAUCGUGCAGGGUCUCUUGAGUUGUGGAGUUGCAAAACAAGUGGAGCACCACUUCCAGUUGCCUGGAUGAAUGCAUCCCAGAAGGUAAUAUUUCGCUGCACGGAUGGGAAAGCCUACGGACGACUUAUUGACUCUAAUCCCUUGUCAGGAAUAACGAAAUCCUUCAGCCCUUUGUACUUCAGUGUGAAAGAUGUCAAUGAGGUUAUGUCGACCGAGCAGCCAUGUGAUUUGGCUUAUGAAUUUGGAGAUGGACUUUUGGAUCUUCCUGAAUAUCCUCAAGGAUUCCCUAAACCUGCAAAUAAAGAGCUGCCCAUAGAGAUAUUAAUUAGAAGCACACUCUGCAACAGUGAGAAGCUGAGAUCUGCAUCAAUGGCUGUUGAUCCGAGGCAGGUACUGGCCGGCGUGUUGACGAUGACGAUGUUCGUGAUGCUCGGGAACAUGAUCAAGCGCGACCACUUCGAUUCUGCCCACCCAGCUGUUCAUGACACGAGUAAGGCUUCGAAGCACGGUCUUGUUAGUUUCGAGAAAGGGGCAGAUGAGUUUUGGAAAGAGGAUGGCUUAGCCUUAAAAUCAUGCUGGCAAAAGCCAGUCUUGGAGGAAACCGAGGAAUCACAAGGUUAUGUCACAUUCUCAUUAACGAACGGUCCAGAGUACCAUGUCUCUCAGAUUUCUGAUGCAAUAGUAGUUGCAAGAUAUCUCCGUGCAACACUUGUAAUCCCGGACAUCAGAGGAAGCAAUCCCGGAGAGAAAAGUAACUUUGAGGAUGUCUAUGAUGUUGAGAAAUUCAUAUCGAGCCUAGAAGGUGUGGUCAAAGUCGUCAAAUCACAGCCUACUGAGUUAUCAGCUCGUAAUCUUGCUGUAGUUAAGGUCCCUAACCGAGUUACCGAAGAACACAUAGCGGAAAAUAUCGAGCCAGUUUUCAGGACCAAAGGAAACGUGAGGCUCGUCACUUACUUCCCAUCUGUCAACAUGAAAAAGAAUAAAGAAAAGACCAACUCGGAUGAUCUUGCAUGCUUGGCCACAUUUGGGACCUUAGAACCUCAAACGGAGGUUCGUGAAGUGGUUGACUCGAUUAUCGACCGCCUGAAAACCAUUAGUCGGAAGUCAAACGGGCAGUUUGUGGCCAUUGACUUGAGGAUGGACAUAUUGGAGAAAAAGGGGUGUCAUAAAAGCGAUGGCUCGGGAACUAAAAGUUGUUAUGGUCCACAAGAGAUUGGUCUUUUCUUGAAGAAGAUUGGGUUCGAGGAGGACACUACUGUGUACGUGACGCAAACAAAAUGGCAUAGUAGCCUCGAUGCUCUAAAGGACUUCUUCCCGAAAACUUAUACCAAGGACUCUAUAAUGCCCAUGGAGAAAAAGGACAAGUUUCUAAAUUCAGAUACUUCAGAGUUUGAGAAGGUGAUCGAUUACUACAUUUGCUCCGAGAGUGAUGUUUAUGUUCCGGCCAUAUCCGGUCUGUUUUACGCGAAUGUUGCUGGAAGUAGAAUAGCCAACGGGCGGACACAAAUUCUUGUUCCAGAAAAUGUCCCAACUUCUUCUGCAGAUCCUAAGGAUUUCGUAUCUCAUUACGUUACGAAGAAGAAUCACUUUGCUUAUUCGUGUUUUUGCUAGUUCAACGGAAAAAGGAAUGGGAUAGAUAUUAUCAUACAAAAUUGAUUGGCAAAAAUGUAAUACAAAAUUGAUUGGCAAAAAUGUA